AUGUGCAGCAAUACAAAUCUGUACAACACCUUUGCAAAAAAAUUACCUUUAAAUGGCGACUUAGCGAAACAAAAGUUCGAACGGUUACCCCGCAAUGGAAACAAAACUACUCCAUUUUCUAAGCUUUUAGUGAUAUGCGUCUUGAUCCUUCUAUGUCUAUUCCCUGCGUUGACCCAACGAGAGGGCUCUAUUUCCCCAAAGCAAGUGAGCCACAAUGGCAGAAGCUUAGCACUGCAGAAAAUGGGGAGAGAUCCCUGGUCUAGAUCUCCAACAAGCGCCUUAGACGAUCUAGAAUUUCAAAUGAUCGUAGAAAGGUGGGCCGAUUUUGAGCAGAGGAUGAAAACAAAAUGGGAAUAUAUAGAAUACCAAGAAUAUGAUGCAUGGUAUAAACUCCUCUUCGGCACCUGGUUAGUAGGAUCUCUAAUGAUGGACAAAUCAUCCGACGCUAUAAACAUAUUUCAGACUUGGUUAGAUAUGUGCCACAUAAUGGGAAUGAAACGUAUACAUAAAAAUCAAGGCGAUAAGGAAAUUUUAGAUGGGGUCAUCAAAAAACUGAAAAAAAAAGCUUUCAACAAAUUAAUUAGGGACUGGGAUACCGAGAUAGAAGAUUACUGGAAAGAUAUCGUAAGAAUGAAGAUGGAAAAAAAUAUGGAAUGGUGUAAUUUUCUAAGAGAAAAAUGUAACGCCUGGAUAAGCUACCAUUUCAGCUGA